GGUUGAUGGCUUCCGUUUUGGCGCACGCGGAAGUGGAAUUGCUUGUUUCCUUUUCCUAUAAUUUUCAAAUUAUUCAUCAUCAAGGGAAAAAGUUUUAUCAGGGGUGAAUUGUUGUAUUUUUGUUUGACGCAACACGUACAAAGUUGUGUUUGGUGUUGUUGGCUUUACGAAGAUGGAAGUGACGGAUUUUAGUGAUAUAUUGAGUGUCAGAACGAUAAAAAUGGAAAAUAGUUUUGAUGAAGCAACAGGGGUGGAAUCUUCUGAUCCGCUGAUGGUUCCUCAUUUUGUCACGGAAAGUGAUUUAGGUUUAAUGCAGUCCGGGGCUGAAAUGCUACAGACACCGUUGGCAGUGUUCGACACAGCUGACGAUGAUGAUACCAUGCAGAGUAACGAAUCCAGCGAAGAGGUGAUAAUCCAACUGAUGGACAUCCGCACACGUCUAUCAAAGCUGAGAGCGAUGUUAGAAGCCAGGCUGGGCGCUGACUUGGCCGACUAUACGUUCUGGUUGCAGGACGCUAAGAUGCUGGAAAACCACAAGACCCUCGUCGAGCAGUGCAUUAGAGGCGAGGGAGUUGUACAGGUCAACAUUCAGAUCAGCGCUACGGAGAGAAAGAUCAAUAUCCUGGACGUCCUCAAGCCUGACGAGGAGAUGACGCGCCCGACGCCCGACUACCCAGAAGACGAAGAAGAAGACGAAGAAUGUCUUCCUCAGACGGAAGACGAAGGUGCCGUGGAUAUGGAGGCGGUCAGCGGUCAAACUGAGUCCACAGUCAAGUGGGUGGUCGACGCACAGUUCAAGCACGACCACAGGGUCAAGAUACCCGACGACCCGCGGCUGUGGUCGGUGCAACACGUGAAGCUGUGGAUCCAGUGGGCCGUCCGGCAGUUCAACCUGGCCGGCGUCCGGCUGUCCGACUGGGCGCUGUCCGGCGCGCGCCUGUGCAGCCUCAGCAACAAGGAGUUCAAAGAAAAAGUGCCAUCUGAUCCUGGAGACAUAUUUUGGACGCACUUCGAAUUGCUAAGGAAAUGUAAAUUUAUUGCUGUCGUGCAGAGUGAAGAAAGCCCGGCGAACAAAGACCCUUUAGAAAUAGACAAUAUGCAGCAGUCAGCCAUAAAGAAAAAACCAAAGCUAACAGCAACUCGCUCCGUGCCUCCAGCGGAAGACUUACCAGCGCGAGCCGGCAACAACGGCCAAGUGCAGCUGUGGCAGUUCCUAUUAGAACUGCUCACCAGCGCUGAGCAUUACGACGUCAUACGCUGGCACGGUACCGAAGGCGAAUUCAAGUUAUUAGAGCCUGAAAGAGUGGCGCGCCUAUGGGGCGCUCGGAAGCACAAACCCGCCAUGAACUAUGAGAAGUUAUCGCGCGCGUUGCGAUACUACUACGACGGGGAUAUGAUAGCCAAGGUGCCGGGGAAACGGUUCGUGUACAAAUUCGUGUGCGACUUACGUCAGCUGGUCGGCUACGGCGCGGGCGAGCUGGCAGCGCUCGUGCGAGACCUCGCGCAGCGCGAGAUGCUGCUCUCGUGCGGUGUGGACGGAUAGUGUACACUUACCCUAUCAUGUGGACGGUAACUGUGCAUUUACCCUAUCAUGUGGACGGUAACUGUGCAUUUACCCUAUCACGUGGACGGUGAUUGUACACUUACCCUAUUACGUGGACGGUGAGUGUACACUUACCCUAUUAUGUGGACGGUAGGUGUACACUUACCCUAUUAUAUGGAUGGUAGGUGUACACUUACUCUAUUACGUGGACGGUGAGUGUACACUUACCCUACCAUAUGGAUGGUAGGUGGACACUUACCCUACUGUAACUUUUGUGGCCACGCGGUUGGUGACUGUACACUUACCCUAUCAUGUGGAAACGUGAACGGUAGGUGUACAUUUACCCUAUUAUGCGGACGGUAGGUGUACACUUAUUCUACUAUGUGGACGGUAGGUGUACACUUACCCUACCAUGUGGACGGUAGGUGGACACUUACCUGACUGCUGCUCUAGUGGCCACGCGGAGCAUGCUUGGACAUUUACC